AUGGAUCAAGAGCGCCCCCUUCGCUCGCAUUCGUACUCGAACCUGGACGAGGUGACGUUCACGCAUCUCAAUUGGGUCAUUGCGCUGGACUUCGCAGCCCAGCAACUCAAGGGAUACGCCGAGUACACGUUCCACCACGCCUCGACCGCCACGUCCUCCGUUGUGGUGCUGGACACGCACCAUUUGAGCGUCUCCAAAGUCUAUGCAGACGGCAAGGAGACGCCCUUCGCUCUGGCCGAGAAGGAGCACCCGGUAUUCGGCCGCGCACUCGUGGUGUCCGUGCCCAGCCACGCCACGAAGAUCCGUGUGGAUUACACCACAUCCGACGCCUCCAGCGGCCUGCAGUGGCUCAGCAAGGAGCUCACAGCCGGCAAGACGCACCCGUAUCUCUUCACGCAGUGCCAGGCCAUCCACGCACGCACCAUCGUGCCGUGUCCGGACACGCCGGCGUGUAAAUUCACGUACUCGGCCACAGUCACGGUGCCGGACUGGUGCACGUGUCUGAUGAGCGCCAUAGCAGACCCGCAGGGCCGCAAGAACCACAACACUAUGGACGCUACCUACCAAGUCUCAUUCCAGCAGUCCGUGCCCAUUCCUUCCUAUCUACUGGCCAUCGUGGCCGGUAAACUGGAGAGUGUGGACUUGGGGCCACGUAGUCGCGUGUGGGCGGAGCCUACGGUGGUGACGAAAGCUGCCCACGAGUUUGCGCAGACGGAGGCGUUCUUGCAACACGCCGAGGAGAUCACAGGCCAGGAGUAUGUGUGGAAGCGAUACGAUCUCGUGUGUCUGCCCCCUUCUUUCCCGUACGGAGGCAUGGAGAAUCCUUGCUUGACGUUUGUGACCCCCACGCUGUUGGCCGGAGACCGCUCGCUUGCUGACGUGGUGGCGCACGAGAUCUCGCACUCGUGGACGGGGAACCUCGUGACGAACCGCUCGUGGACCGAUUUCUGGCUCAACGAGGGCUGGACCAUGUGGCUGGAGCGGAAGAUCCAGACGCGCAUCGCACAGGACCCCAAGGCGUACGACCUCAAGGCUGCGAUGGGUCUACGCGACCUCAUCGAGUCAGUGGAGGAGUUCGGCCCCACCCAUCCGUACACGGCGCUGGUGCCCGACACGGACGGCGUCGACCCGGACGAGGUGUUUUCCUCGAUUCCGUAUGAAAAAGGCUUUAAUUUCCUACACUAUCUGUCAACGGUCGUCGGUGGGCACCAAGUGUUCGAUACGUUCGCCAAGGCUUACAUCCAGGAGUUCAAGUUCAAGACGCUCACGUCGAGCGACUUCCGUGCGUUCUUUGAGAAAUACUUUGCCGACAAGCAGGAGGCGCUUCGUGCGAUCGACUGGGAGGCCUGGUACCACUCGCCUGGCAUGCCGCCUGUGGCCAACAAGUUCGACACGACGUUGACGAGCCAAGCGACCAAGUUGGGCGAGCAGAUGACGGCGAGUAGCAACGCGGACACGUGGACGAGCGUCGCGCAGGAUGUGCUGACGAAGUGGCCCGCCAGUCUGUGGAUCUUGCUGCUGGACACGCUGCUACUGAGACAGGAGCACGCGCGCUUGACGCCGGCCCACUUGGACGCGAUCGACUCGUUCACGCAGCACCACUUGACGACCACACACAACUCGGAGCUGCGAUUCCGGUGGUACACUGUGUUGCUUCGUGCGGGCGACCUGCGUGUGCUUGACAGGACUGUGGAGAUGCUGAAGGAACAGGGUCGGAUGAAGUUCGUACGUCCGCUCUUCCGCGACCUGUGCACAGCGCUGGGUCCUGCACAGGCCGAGGCAAUCUUUGCGGACUGUAAGCAUCUAUAUCACCCGAUUGCAGCUAAGAUGAUCCAGCGAGACAUUGAGAACAGCAUCGCCAAGGCUAAAGGCAGGAAGGUCAAGUUCGCGUCCCCCACGACCCCGAGCGCUCUGGCUCAAUGGCUGGGAGUGUCGGACGAGAUCGUGACCUAUGCGGCUGUGGCCGCUGCUGUCACCACGGUGGCACUUGUCGUCGUCUCUCGUCGGCGGUAG